UCACAGAGCCUGUCAAAUAUUCCAAACGAGGAACGGUUUCGCCACAGCGCGCGACGGUUAGCUGUCGAAUAAAUACUCUUUCCUUGGAAAUUAUCGUUUAUUACACAGCAAAGGGAAGGAUUUCUAGGGAACCUUUCAUCUAGGAAAAUGAGGGUUUUCUCAUGGCCCGCAUCCAUGUGUAUCGUGUUUGUUAUUUUUUUGAACCAUGUUGAUGUAGUGACGAGCGCAAACGCAACGACCAAUACAACCGGCUGCCAGAAACAGGUAAACAACAGAUGUCCUCUCUCACUGAAGAUAGACUGGUGGGAGAUUCCACCCUAUAUUUACAAAGACAAAAAUGGAGUGGUUAGCGGGAUUUUUCCAAGCGUUCUGAAAAGGCUCGUGUCGGAGUGCUGCGAUCGCGACCCCUCGUCAACUGACCCGAAUGCAGACAUCGCAGAAUGCGUGAAACUCAACUUCAGUGAAACUGCUUCCAAUGACUCCGAGGUGGUGAAGAAAAAUAUCAACUUGAAUGGCACCGUAAUGAGCAUGCCUAUAUAUGGAGAUAUGAAGGACGUGAAGUUCCAGAGCCAUCCGUUCUACCCAGUGGUGGAGUCGCCUGGUGUCGUGUUCAUCGUGAAGAAGGAAGAUUCAUCCAAUGCCGCCCAAGCUGUCAUGGAGGCUGUGUUCCAGGGAUGGCCUGUACUUCUGCUCACGCUUAUCAUGGCCGCGCUUUCUGGAAUAGUAGUCUGGGCACUGGAUACCUACUGGAACCCAGAAGAAUUCCCUCGUUCUUUCUUCAAGGGUACAUGGGAAGGCUUCUGGUGGGCCUUCGUUUCCAUGACUACUGUUGGUUACGGUGACCGCGCGCCGAGAUCAGUGCUGGCGCGUACGUUUGCAUUCAUCUGGGUUCUUAUUGGUCUCGUAAUCAUAUCGAUCUUCACCGCCACAGUUACCACCUCACUGACUGCCAUAUCACUAAGCAACGAAAUCAAGCUGUACGGAUCAGACGUUGUUGCCUUGAAAAACACAGAAGAACAAAGGCUUGGUGUAAGAAACAACGCUAAAGUGUCAGAAAAGAAUGCAGUCAAGGACCUCAAAGACGCAGUGAUAAAGCAGGAUCCGAAAGUAACAGGCGCUCUGCUGGACAGUUAUGUCGCGGGCUACUGGGCAAAAGUCGCCUCAGACCCCGUGCUAAAGAAUUCGGAUCUCCGCGUGGGGACUGUGCUCGAUCAUCAGUUUGCUUACGGCUUUGUCAUUGCUGGUGCUUUGGAUAAGGAGGCCACAGAAAAAUGUAUGAGGAAGAAACUGAACAGCAUGGAAACUGAAAUUACUACCAUAAUCCAAGAGAAGGCAGAAACGAUGGAGGAACCUGGGGAGAGCGCGGCUGUGGAGAAAACGAAUAAUUUGUUCGAUGCAGAGUCCCCGAUGUUCCGAAAAGCGAUCUACACCUGCGUUGGGCUGGUGGCUGUCCUGACCAUCUGUGGGCUGAUUUGGGAGUUUGCUUACUGGAGGCCUCGUCAGCCUAAAGAAGCCAAAACUGAGGUUGAACGAAUUGUGACACCAGAAACCUCUUAUGAGAACCUGGUUGCUAUGCAGUGCGCAGAGAUCGAGGAGGCUAUGAUGAACGAAGUUCAGCGAUUCUACAUCGCCUGGAAUAAGAAACUGGAAGACUUGAAACGUAAAAACACCGGCGGCCAGAUGAGCCCUAAUGAUAUGAAUGUGAUGGGAAUGGGUGUGAGUGGUGGAGAUAUGAGGAGCAUGUGAUUUACACGUGACUGUCACGUGUUGUUUUGACUGUCAGAGGGUUUAACAUUUGUUUUACUAUCAGUUCUAUAUUUAUUGCAAAAACUUAGUUUGUUAGUUUAUGACAUCUCAAGUGUAAAACUUCUGUCAGAGUAAAUACAACAAGCCAACUUUUAUGUAGAAGGACGACAUUUGGCGAGAUAGUAACUCUUAACUCUUGUUAACUCUUCAGUGUUAUUUCGUCAGCUCAGAGUCUAAGGAAAAAAGUGUUCUCACUUCCCCACAGUAGUUAUUGAGCAAAUUCCUUUAAUUUACAAGAUACAAUGAUUCUCAAUACUACCCGAUGACAAAGUCUUUCCACGUGAGAUUAUUUAAUUUUUCAAGUCCCCCUUUCCCAAAACAAUGUUGAAAAUUUUCGCAACCUUGGCUGAAUACAAUUCAGCGUUAUAUUUAUUUGAUGGCUAAAAUGUGUUUGACAAGCAUUGUAAUCUCUUUACUAUUUAAAGUUUUCGCUUUUCAGCAGGUUUUGAAAGGCGUUAAAAAGUAUAUUUUAUAGCAUAAAAAUAGGCGACAAUACCUUAACCAACGUGGAAGUGAUGUUAAACCCGUUUCACAGUAGCCUUCAUACUGUAAUUCGCGUCAAGUUAAAAGUAGUGAUUAGAAAAGCCUUUACUCAAAUUACGUAACGUUUUCCGCAGCCAUUUUCUCACAUUUACGCCAUGAGUGAUUUGUUUGCGUCCUCUUAGCCUCGUUUUGAAGUUCAUGAAGACGAGGCAGCGGGACAGCAACAAAUGGCUUCUUGGAACGUUCGUUAUUAUUUUGCUGUUGCACUUACGAUAAAAACUACAUUAGUAGGCUUUUGAUACGCGCUUUAUCUCUAAUAUUUGCAAUCUUGUUACACCCAUAUAUUAUAGUCGUGACAGAAGACGAUUAAGCGUCCGAUCAGGUUAACUUAGGCUGUGUUCACACUUAAUUAGUGCCUGAGCACUGGUGCCUGGGUAAUGGCUGGAGAUAGUGUUGCGUUCAGACGCGAUGUUCUCAGAAGAACCCGAGUACCAUUUAGUGUCCGAGUGCAAGGUCGAAACCUUGUAGCCGGGCGCGGGCACUGUCCCGAAUUCUCGGGCACCGUACUCGGGUACCUAGUGUAAUCAUAUCCAAAACAUUUCAGUGCGGGUACGUCACUGGGUAAGGCGUUUUGUUAUCACUUUGUGUUUAUUCCAAAGCGGCCUCUAUUUUAAAAAUAGCCAUGGUUAACACGGUGUAGAUUAGAACACAUAUAAUAUUGCAGGUUGUUUACUUUGUUAAAUCGUAAUACUGAACGAAACUGGUUAUGAUUCCCUUGUAGGGGUGGUCACGGGGUAUUCAGUGAAUGGGCUUUGCUUAACUACAGAUACGUUUGCAGAUAGGAUGGCUGAAUACCCUCAAAAGUUAGAAGGAAAUCUUAAGGAUAACUCAUAUGCUUUGGGGCGUUUCCAAUUGACAAGAUGAAGGCAACAAAUAUUACAAUAUAGAGUAGUUUACGUAACUAACAGUGAAAUGGCGCUUUUAUAAAAAAUAGAUAAACUUAAACAUAAACUUUAGGAGGAUGCUUUGGUUUCAAAAUAACUGAAAGCAGCCCCUUUUGGAGUGUAACGUGCAAAGGGCGGGCAACCUGCAGUCUGAGGAAACUCUCUUUCCUCUUUGAGUAAACUUACGCUAUCAAUCAUUUCUACUUAUGCAUGGUUUUAGAUUGUACAUUAUGUAAAUUCCGACGCUUUUGCUCCCGAAAGUAAAGUUAUAACGGUACGUAAAAAAUAAGGAAUCACUGUGAAAAUGUGAACAACUGUGUUGCAACAACUUUUUUUAUUGCUAAGGUCUUUUCGGACUCACACUGCACAUAGUAGUUUUUCUUAGAAGAUGCAAAUUAAAGUUUUUGAAAACCA